AUGCCUCCGGAAGCUGCUCGGUUGAUGAUAGCGUACCUCACCGAGCACCUGCAAAAGUUUGUGGCCCUUAGCUGCGCUCAUCACGGCCUUCUCUUCCCUCUGGCAACCCCAGCUAUUCCCGCAUCUCCUCCUGUUUUAUCCUAUGUUAACACGCAGCAGAUUGACUUUAACUCUUUCUCCCGGGUUAUCUCACCCUAUCUCAGCAUAUCCAUGCUCCCGAUCAUCCAUCGCGCCAUUGCUGAUGGCAUGGCUGUCUGCUCUCCCUUCUCAAGACCCUCUUUGAAUACCCCACCCAUCGACCAAUUGCCCGUAGGCCCGGCUGCAAAUAAGAACCUCCCGUGUAUUAGUUCCAGUCGAUUCAGGGACCUCCGGGCUCUCAUGGGUCCCCAGGCAAUGUUUCAAUCUCUAGAACAGGCAGAAGCGGUGGAGGUUCUCAUGAGACGGGAGGUGCAUGCCGUCAUUAUGCUGGGUUUGAGAGAGGAUAGGAGCUUAUUUUAUUUGCUCCCUGCGGUCUGUCCAGAGGAAGUCGGUCUCAUCUCAGUUGUCGUGCUGCCAGGAUUAGAGCCCAUUCGAGAGCUCAAGGCUGAAUUCGAAAGGAAAGACCUUUCUGCGGUGAUCUGGUCCCCAGGACUCGGCAAUCACAGUGCGCGAGCUAUAUUGGUCAGUUACGAGAGCCUCGAGAGUACGAGCUUCUGGACCUUCUUGGAGAAUGCAAAGGGAUCUCUUUCGAGGAUAAUCGUCGGUCAAGCAGAAUACGCUUUUCAAGCUUGGGAAUAUCAGUGUGCGAUAGCUAAUUGCGAGCGUCUCCAGCGACUGAGAUUGCCUGUUAUCCUGCUCACUUACGCCAUAGCCCUAACAGCUACCCCAAAGCUCCUGGCAUAUUUCAAAAUGGAUCCUCUUGUGGCCCAGCUCUGUCGUGGUCGGACGGAUCUUCGGAAUAUUCAUUUUUCUGCUUUUGAGGCUCCUCUGAGUAACGAUCUCGAAGGCCCGUUGUCAGCCUGUCUCAAUAAUAGCCUCCAGGAUCUCACGACGGAGACAGAACUAAUUCUUAUGUCUUCCACGUCCACCUGGAUCAGGACCGCAAGGCUGAGUAAAUUGGGACUUCCGUUUGGCGAGAAUCAGGGUACUUUUGAAGCAUUUUUAACGGCAUGGAAUUUCCUGGCCAUUUAUGGGCAACCACUCCACUUAUCAACAUUUACAAUGUAUGAGUUUGAACAUGCCUUGCGGCAUUCUCUCGUAGACCCGCCUUGCGCACUACUAGGAGAGAUUCACUCGACGCUCAUUUACAACCUACGCACAGUGCCAUUUACUCGGCAUAGUGCCGUCCUGUUGUUACUGCGUAUCCAAGAUACACCAGAAGGGGACUAUAGAGUGCUUGGUGUUUCAAUCGAUGAGUUAGCUGGUGCCAUGGCUGACAUAGGGAACAACUGGGAAUGGAUUCCCUUGUGGCACAAUGAGAUGCGAGACGGGUGGGAGGAGGCUCUUCUAGGAUGCCUAAAAGAUCAUGCCACACUCGACAACUUUCCUCGUCUACGAGAAAUCUUGACAAGAUUAUUCUUUGCCCCGGAACUACAUGCAGAAGCUUUGUCUUCAUCGUCAAGUUCUCGUGUUUCAAGUCCUGCCGCAAACAUCUUAAGUGUCCACUCCUCACCCAGUGAGCGUUACUAUGUCACUGAGGAAAUGAAUUCCCUUGCUGGGGAAAUGGAGGUGAAGGAGCUUGGGACCAACAGUGUCGUUCCAGACGAAGAUACUACGAUGCAUGAGUCCAGUGAUCUUUCGGACGUUCCUUCAGAAGAUGGCUCGGAGACCGCAUCAACUUCUAGUGCUCGCCAAAAGAGAUCAGCGCGUCAGAAAGAUCUUCGUCAGAAAGCCCAUCCUCAGGCACAUGCGAAGCAACGAGAGCUUGCUCGCGCUCAAGCAGCCUCUGCGAAGCAAGCACUUGCAGAACAUCGCAGACUCGAUGAAGAGGUUAAUAAGCUCGAGCGUCAAUUAGAGGUGAUUGAACGAGAGUUCAGGAAGCUACUUGGUGCGGUGCGAGUCAAACCAUUGGGAAAGGACCGGUUCCAUAAUCAGAUUUGGUGGUUCGACGGCAUGGGAUCUGCUUCUUUGCUGGGUAGUGGAGGCGUCGUCCAGUACGAAGCUGGUCGAAUCUUUAUACAGGGUCCGAGCGUGAUGGACUUGGAGUUGAUGUUAAAGAAGGAGGAUGAUGACUAUGAAGCUAAGAGGCUUGAAGAAGAAGGGCCAGAGGGAAUGUUGGCUCCAUCCGAGUGGGCACAGUAUGCUGAGCCCGAGGAGCUUGACGAGUUCCUCGCUUGGCUAAACCAUAAGGGUGUUCGGGAACUAGCCCUGAAGAAUUCAUUCAUAAAGUGGUGGAAUCAUAUCGCUCCUGGUAUGCGCAAACACUUUUCUGAUCUCAACACAAGUGCAAAGCUUCCUGAAGCGAGACGCAGCACCCAAACUAAAUCUUCUGGUCACAAUGUCUCUCGAGAGCCCUACAUGAUGCCACCCUUGGCAGCACUUAAGCGCCCGUCUCACGGUCUAUCAGGUGGGGUUUCUAUGUUGCAGGGAACCCACCUGUGA